CCAUAGUUCUAUUUAGGGACUGUCUACUCCGGGCUGGGAGCGGCUCCAGCUGGAUGCCCACCACCCAGGGCUUCCAACUGCAGCUCGUGUGGGACCCAGGUGUGGAGGGCUGGGCGUCACCCAUUGGCCCACGACGGCUCCCAACUGGCUGGCCUGACCUCCCCGACAAGCACCCCCAUAGCUCUGUCCGACUCUUAAUGCGAUCAGCGCUCCUGGAAACAUUAGUUCAGGGUAUUUUCUGCUGCUGGGAUCGUGGCCCAUGCGGAGGGACUUGGCUGCUCCUGGUGACCCUGCAGGGCCCGGGCCUCAGUUUCCCCAGCCGUAGGCAGGCAGCCUCAGACUGAACAAGGUCCAGGCCUUAGUUUUCCUAGCUGUGGGUGGUCACCCACGGACUGUGCGAGGCCCAGGCCUCAGUCUCCCCAGCUGUAGGCGGGUGGCCGUGGACUGUGUCUGGCCCGAGCCUUGGUUUCCCCAGUUGUAAUCAGGCGGUGGAGGACUGUACGAGGUUGAGGUUGAGUUUCCCCAGCUGUACGUCGGGCGGCGGUGGAAUGUAUGCGGUCUCAGUUUCCCCAGAUGUAGGUGAGCGGCUGCAGACUGUGUGGCCUGGGCCUCAGUUUCCCUAGCUGCAGGCCCUUGGCCGCAGACUGUACAAGGUCCAGGCCUCAGUUUCCCCAGCUGUAGGUCGGGAGGCCACCCACUAUGCAAGGUCCAGGCCUCAGUUUCCCUAGCUGUCAGAGGGCAGCAGCCACUAUGUGGGGCCCGGGCCUCAGUUUCCCCAGCCGUAGGCAGGCAGCCUCAGACUGAACAAGGUCCAGGCCUUAGUUUUCCCAGCUGUGGGUGGUCACCCACGGACUGUGCGAGGCCCAGGCCUCAGUCUCCCCAGCUGUAGGCGGGUGGCCGUGGACUGUGUCUGGCCCGAGCCUUGGUUUCCCCAGUUGUAAUCAGGCGGUGGAGGACUGUACGAGGUUGAGGGUCAGUUUCCCCAGCUGUAGGUCGGGCGGCGGUGGAAUGUAUGCGGUCUCAGUUUCCCCAGAUGUAGGUGAGCGGCUGCAGACUGUGUGGCCUGGGCCUCAGUUUCCCUAGCUGUAGGUCGGGAGGCCACCCACUAUGCAAGGUCCAGGCCUCAGUUUCCCUAGCUGUCAGAGGGCAGCAGCCACUAUGUGGGGCCCGGGCCUCAGUUUCCCCAGCUGUAGGUCGGGCUGCCGCUCACUGUGGAAGGUCCAGGCCUCAGUUUCCCCAGCUGUAGGCGAGCGGCCGCCCACUGUGCAAGGUCCAGGCCUCAGUUUCCCCAGCUGUAGGCGAGCGGCCGCCCACUGUGGAAGGUCCAGGCCUCAGUUUCCCCAGCUGUAGGCGGGCUGCCGCCCACUGCCUCCCAGUCUCCCGAGGCCCGCUUCGCUGUUCCAGGACGAACAAUGGACGAUCUGGGAUGACCCCGGAUCAUGUCGUGCCCACAGUCUCCGUGGCCACUGUGGAAACAGCCCUUGCGUGUCAGGAACGCGACACGGUUUUCCCCUACGCAAGCGAUCACCUGGAUGCGGGCGCUUAGUUUGAAUCGGACUUUUUGGCCACGUGCCCACAAGCAAUAUGGAGCCCUGCGGGUUUCCUGCCCGACUCCAAGAUGGCGACGCAACUCCCUUUGCCCUCAAGGCCCCGGCGGGCGGUUCCUGCCCACUUGCAAUAUGGCGGCAGCCUGGGCCAAGCACGCUUCCCGCCGCCUGACUCGCCACGUACCCACUCUCAAGAUGGCGUCUCCCGCAAAGCCGCGCGCCAGACGACGGCUCGCUGACUGGCUCAGACACCAUCACGUGCUCCGACAUCCUCCGCGUUCCCUCGAUUCCACAGGCCGUUUCCGCCUUCGGCCUUGACGAAUGAUUGUCUCCCCCAAUAGGGGCCUGCGAUUUCCCUGAGUCCCGCCCCCGAGCGGGCUUCUGGCCAUUGGGAGACGCUGGCGGGGGCUCGCGGGGCUCUCCCCGCCCCUGGGCAGCGGCGGGAGCCAAUGGGCAGCGCGCGCGGGGGACGUGUGCGGGCGUCUCCGCCAUUUUGUGAGUCUAUAACUCGGAGCCGUUGGGUCGGUUCCUGCUAUUCCGGCGCCUCCACUCCGUCCCCCGCGGGUCUGCUCUGUGUGCCAUGGACGGCAUUGUCCCAGAUAUAGCAGUUGGUACAAAGCGGGGAUCUGACGAGCUUUUCUCUACUUGUGUCACCAACGGACCGUUUAUCAUGAGCAGCAACUCAGCGUCUGCAGCAAAUGGAAAUGACAGCAAGAAGUUCAAAGGCGACAGCAGAAGUGCCGGUGUCCCCUCCAGAGUGAUCCACAUUCGGAAGCUCCCCAUCGACGUCACCGAAGGGGAGGUCAUUUCCCUGGGGCUGCCCUUCGGGAAGGUCACCAAUCUCCUGAUGUUGAAGGGGAAAAACCAGGCCUUCAUCGAGAUGAACACGGAGGAGGCCGCCAACACCAUGGUGAACUACUACACCUCCGUGACACCAGUGCUGCGCGGCCAGCCCAUCUACAUCCAGUUCUCCAACCACAAGGAGCUGAAGACCGACAGCUCUCCCAACCAGGCGCGCGCCCAGGCUGCCCUGCAGGCCGUGAACUCGGUCCAGUCGGGGAACCUGGCCUUGGCUGCCUCGGCGGCGGCCGUGGAUGCAGGGAUGGUGAUGGCCGGGCAGAGCCCCGUGCUGAGGAUCAUCGUGGAGAACCUCUUCUACCCGGUGACCCUGGACGUGCUGCACCAGAUCUUCUCCAAGUUCGGCACAGUGUUGAAGAUAAUCACCUUCACCAAGAACAACCAGUUCCAGGCCCUGCUGCAGUACGCCGACCCUGUGAGCGCCCAGCACGCCAAGCUGUCUCUGGACGGGCAGAACAUCUACAACGCCUGCUGCACGCUGCGCAUCGACUUCUCCAAGCUCACCAGCCUCAACGUCAAGUACAACAACGACAAGAGCCGUGACUACACGCGCCCAGACCUGCCCUCCGGGGACAGCCAGCCCUCGCUGGACCAGACCAUGGCCGCGGCCUUCGGUGCACCUGGUAUAAUCUCAGCCUCUCCGUAUGCAGGAGCUGGUUUCCCUCCCACCUUUGCCAUUCCUCAAGCUGCAGGCCUCUCGGUUCCCAACGUCCACGGAGCCCUGGCCCCCCUGGCCAUCCCCUCGGCGGCGGCGGCAGCUGCGGCGGCAGGCCGGAUCGCCAUUCCGGGCCUGGCUGGGGCAGGAAAUUCUGUGUUGCUGGUCAGCAACCUCAACCCAGAGAGAGUCACACCCCAAAGCCUCUUUAUUCUUUUCGGCGUCUACGGCGACGUGCAGCGCGUCAAGAUCCUGUUCAAUAAGAAGGAGAAUGCCUUGGUGCAGAUGGCGGAUGGCAACCAGGCCCAGCUGGCCAUGAGCCACCUGAACGGGCACAAGCUGCACGGGAAGCCCAUCCGCAUCACGCUCUCGAAGCACCAGAACGUGCAGCUUCCCCGCGAGGGCCAGGAGGACCAGGGCCUGACCAAGGACUAUGGCAACUCGCCCCUGCACCGCUUCAAGAAGCCAGGUUCCAAGAACUUCCAGAACAUAUUCCCGCCCUCGGCCACCCUGCACCUCUCCAACAUCCCGCCCUCAGUGUCAGAGGAAGAUCUCAAGGUCCUCUUCUCCAGCAACGGGGGCGUCGUCAAAGGGUUCAAAUUCUUCCAGAAGGACCGCAAGAUGGCGCUGAUCCAGAUGGGCUCCGUGGAGGAGGCGGUCCAGGCCCUCAUUGACCUGCACAACCACGACCUCGGGGAGAGCCACCACCUGCGGGUCUCCUUCUCCAAGUCCACCAUCUAGGGGCACGAGUCCCCCACGGCCGGGCCCCCUGGCGACAACUUCCAUCAUUCCAGAGAAAAGCCACUUUAAAAAGCAGCUGAAGUGACCUUAACAGACCAGAGAUUUUAUUUUUUUAAAGAGAAAUCAGUUUACCUGUUUUUAAAAAAAUUAAAUCUAGUUCACCUUGCUAACCUUGCGGUGACGGGUGACAGCUCAGGCUCUUGGUGACUGUGGCAGCGGGAGCUCCCGGCCCUCCACACCUGGGGCCAGACCCUCGGCCGUGCCUUGGUGGGGCCUGUUGGGCGAGGGGCCUACGGGUGGGCGCCCCGACCACGACUUGGCUUCCUUGUGCCUUAAAAAAAAAAAAAACCUGCCUUCCUGCGGCCAUGUACCCACCCUGGGUGUCCUGGGGUCCCAAGGGGCAGGGGUCCAGCAGGCUCCUGCAGGGUCACGUGCCUGGGCUGUGGCAGGCUGUGGCUGCCACACCCCAACCCCCACCCUCUAAUCAAGCGAUGUGAUUUUUGCCCGCCCGCCCCGCCCCCAGGACCCUGCCCUCUUCCCCAGGCGCUGGCCCAGGGUGCCCGCUGCUGCUUCCAGCUGCGGAGCUGUUGUCAUAAUCUCUGUAUUAUAUACUUUGCAGUUGCAGACGUCUGUGCCUAGCAAUAUUUCCACUUGACCAAAUAUUCUAAUCUUUUUCAUUUAUAUGCAAAAGAAAUAGUUUUAAGUAACUUUUUAUAGCAAGAUGAUACCGUGGUAUGAGUGUAAUCUAAACUUUCUCGUGGUGUUACCUUGUAUGCUGUUUUAUUUUAUUCCUUGUCAUUAAGUCACAGUUUCCAGAGAGCAGGCGGGGCCGCCGCGGGUCAGGCAUGGGGAGCCCCGGUCCCAUCUGAGCCCCGAGCUUCAGGGAAGGGGCGGGCGCGCCGCCGCCUCUGGCAUCGCCUCUGGUUGCCUUACACGCCUUCACCUGCAGUCGCCUAGAAAACUUGCUCUCAAACUUCUUCAGGGUUUUUUCCUUCAAAUUUUGGACCAAAGUCUCAUUUCUGUUUUUUCCUGUCUCUGAUGCUGGGACCCGGAAGGCAGGCGCUGGCCUCACUUCGCUGUGCUCUUCCCCGGCCCUGUGCGGCCUGUCCCGGGGGCUCCCGGGAUCCCCCUUUCCGUAGAGGAGAGUAACGAGGGUGUAAAUAUUUAUAAUUUUUUAUACCUGUUGUGAGACGCGAGGGGCAGCGACGCGGUUUUUAUGGAGACAGAUGUAUAUUUGCUGGCGGCAGAUCCAGGCUCAGUAUUGGCCGCGGGGCCCCCACGCACAUUCCAUUGCCGCCCCGCGGCUCGCGCGGAGACCGAUGGAGACCGUUUUCUCCCCACCUCCUCCCUCCUGUAGCCCGUGUUCGCUGUAGCGGCAGGUCCAGUCUGUGCCUGCACUUUGAAUAAACGUCUUCUGUAUCCUC